AUUGCUCGGGGGCCGCUCUAGCCUGACGCUUCCGGAGGUCGGUGGUAGCCGCUUCCGGCGCGCGCGCUGCAUUGUGGGUCAGUGGUAGCCGGGAUGGUGGGGGAGGUGGAAGAGGCUGAGGUUCCCGAGCGGUUCCGCUCCUACUCGGAGAACGAGAGGCACUGGCAGGCCCGCCGCGAGUUCAUCCUGCGGAACCUGCCCCCGGACUGGGCGGGGGAAGCGCCCUGGCCCGCCGGCCGCAUCGACCACCUGCUCUCGCUCUCCAUGGUGUGGGCCAACCACCUCUUCCUGGGCUGCAGUUACAGCAAAGACCUUUUAGACAAGGUAACAGAAAUGGCUGAGGGGAUUGAAGUUGAAGGUGCACCACAGUUUACUACGCGAGAUGAAAUAAUGAAAAAGCAUCAGCAUUAGUACGUGAGAAGAGGAGGUCUCAAAUUUUUGUCAUGACACAGGAUCAGUUUAUGUGGAGGACCCAGUGUUAAUUGACCAUACUCUUUCUAAAACGACUCCCUAUGCUGGACCCUAGGGAAAGGAUUUCUUAAAAAACUUUGUGCCAUUAUGAUGAUGGAUAUCCACUUCCAAAGCUUUUUAAAAUGAGAGAAUCAGGUUUUUAAACUAUUUUACAACUCAUUGAUUCGUAGAGCAAAGAAAAAGAUAUGAUGGACUAUAUUUUCCCCUCUUAUAUGAAGACAGGGAAGAGUAAUAACUCCCAGAAAAGAGGGGAGGGGGUUGGGGCGCUGUAGCAUCCCCUCUUCUGUUUGAGGACAAUUCUGUGUAAUGACCAAUGAGUCCAAUUUAGGAUGCGAGGCCACGGGGAAUACUUGCCUCAAAGGACACACCCAGUUAGGAAAGCAGGAGCUCACACUUCACUCUCAGUUGAAAGUAAGGGGAUGUUAUAAGGCUGUUUUGGGCAUUGACUAAUAUUGUUUUUACCCGGGUUUCAUUCCGUGUAACGGGAAAGGGAGGGCAUGGCACACAAAGAGGCCAUUACCCUGCUCUUCCCCUUUUCUGACAUGCAACUUAGAUGGGUCUAUGGUGAUGGUAAAUGUCCCAGUUAGCUGAUUUUCCCCUUUGCAUACCUGCAUCACUCUUCCCCAGAGUUUCUCUCUACUGCAGGGGAACCCUAGGAGUCUAAAAGUAACACAGAAUAUUCUCUUUUUAAAAGUCUUUAUUUUUAAGUGUUUUAUGCCACAUUUUUAAAGUCUUUAGAAGGCCUAAUAACUGUAUCUCCAUUCAGUCACUGGAAUUAAAAUUUCAGUCAUGAAAUCUGGA